GCGCUCACACAUUUGCAAAAAUGUUCACGCUUUCACCUUUCUCCAAUUCUACUUCCCCCAACCUCCUCUGCCCUACUCGUCUCCACUUUCUCCCCAUCCGCUCUACAUUGUUUCGUUCUCUCCAAGUAGCAUCUCAUCGGAGAGAUUUCAGAGCUCGACUGUCGUCGGAAUCGCUUCCUCCUCCGCCGGAACACCGCAUCGUGCUCGGCUGUGGAUUGGUGUUGGUGGAUUUCUUGGCUGCGGUGGAUUCCUAUCCCAAGCCUGACGACAAAAUCAGAAGCACCAGCUCCAAGGUUCAAGGAGGCGGGAAUGCUGGGAAUGCAUUGACUUGUGCAGCUCGUUUGGGCUUAAACCCACGGCUAAUUUCUAAGGUUGCAAACGAUGGACAAGGCAACAGUAUAUUGGACGAGCUUGAAUCUGAUGGAGUGGACACUUCUUUCAUUGUUGUUUCCAAGGGGGGUAAUUCACCAUUUACUUAUAUAAUUGUUGACAGCAAAACGAAAACUCGUACUUGUAUUCACUCCCCUGGGGAUCCACCCAUGACAGCAAAUGAGCUUUCCCAAUCAAGUUUAUCACGUGCGUUGGAUGGAGCAAGGAUUGUCUAUUUUGAUGGAAGGCUGCAUGACACUGCUUUAGUUGUUGCCCAAGAGGCAGCUCAGAAGAAUAUACCUAUUUUAGUUGAUGCAGAAAGGAAAAGGGAAGGGUUAGAUGACCUUCUAAAAUUUGCUACUUACACUGUAUGCUCAGCAAAAUUUCCACAGGCGUGGACAGAGGCACCAUCAAUACCGAGUGCCCUUGUCUCUAUGCUUCUGAGCUUGCCAAACUUAAAAUCUGUGAUUGUGACAUUGGGUGAUGAUGGUUGUAUAAUGCUUGAGAGAAACAUAGAUGGGAGUUCUGAUUCUGAAGAAAUGGAUGUAGACAGCUUAUUGGAAUUGCUGAAGCAGAGGAAGGAUGAGAGUGCAGUCCUCCCAUUGUGCAUUUCAUCGCUGGUGACCAAGUUGACAGCAAAAGGGAUAGGAGCAGUUAGUGGCAGGUUAUUUUUGGGAACAGCUGAGAAGAUUCCUCCAUCAGAACUUGUUGACACCACUGGUGCUGGAGAUGCAUUUAUUGGAGCUUGUCUUUAUGCUAUCUGUGCUGGCAUGCCACCAGAGAAAAUGUUACCAUUUGCCUCUCAAGUGGCAGCUUUAGGCUGCAGAGCUUUGGGAGCCAGGACAGGUCUUCCACACCGGACGGAUCCACGCUUGGCAUCAGUUUUUUAACGGAGCUUCAUCAUAUCGUCAAUGGUAAAAGUAAAUUCUUCGAGUCUAGCCUGAAAACUUGAAAGCAUACCACAGGUCCACGGCAACCUAAACCUUUCCUCAAUUAUUGGCUUUUCUGUGAGCUUUACUUUUCCACUUUAAUAUUUGAGGUGGACAUUUGUGAGUAAUGACUGUUAUACGAAAAGAAUGAUAAAAUAUCCAUUCUAUUUUGUCCACUGCUACUGGAUUGAAUGGCGUGUUGUACCCUAUUACUUAAUAAGAAAUGCUUACUCGA